AUGAAUGGAAAACGCAAUUUUUUUGUAAAAUUUCCUCAUCCCCUAUGCUCCAAUCGGUCCUUCCACUACACUGCUAAAUCACAAUCACUCAAUAUCACCAAGGAUAAACUGAUAAAGCUUCUAAGGGAAUCUUUAUAUUCUCGUAAUCAUAAAAGAUUAUCUGCACUUAUCCUUGCGACAUCUAGUAAACUAUAUGACAUAUUAGAUAAAUCAUUACAACUAUCUACUGAAAGCAAAGAUGGAUUAAAAAUAGACGAUAUUAAUGAGAACGAUUUGUUACAAACUUUCGAUCUUCUAAUCCUCUGGAGAUCAAUACGCCUCACGGCAAGUUCUAACAGUGAUAUCAACAUGCUGAUUGAUAAACUAGUAAAAGUUACUGAAAUACAAUUACAAACCUUCCCCUUCAUCAGACUAGCAUUGACACUUCACCAAGUGUCGCAACUGUUCAAUUACAUUGAAAAUGUAUAUUUGUUGGACAAUUUAAACAGAGAAUUAAUUACUCACCUAUCACAAUUAACGGAUUCAAAUGUCGACUCUCACAGCUUGUGUUUAUUACUGAAUUAUAUUACCAACACGCCAUGUACUAACACAAAACACUAUGUUGAGAUGUGUCGCACAUUUUUGAGCUUCAUGGACAUUCAUUCGAAGAAUUUAACAUUUACAUCACUGGACCAUUUACUUGUAUAUAAAAAUGCAAACAAAUUAUACCAGCGAUAUAAAGGGCCACAAGCUGCAAAUGUUGCACUAAAAUCUCUAAAUUCCUAUUUGGUGACGAGUAAAGAAGUUAAUGUAGCGCAGAUUGUUAGAUUGUGUAAUCAGCUAUUGUCAAAUUUCAGUAUAACGGAUCUAACAAUAUAUCAUGGGUUAUACAAAGAGUUAUUGAAUCAUGUAUUAGAGAUACUAAAUAAACAGCAAAUCGACACUAAUAGCAGUAUGACUUGCGAGUCCUAUAAAAAGGUAUUUAAUUUACACAAAAGGCUAAAUAAAUUAUUAUUCAUUGGAUCAACUGUACAAUAG